AUGGACGCCUCCUCCCUCCGCAUCUCCAAGUUCGAUGGAACUAACUUCCACGCCUGGAAGUUCAAGAUACAGAUGGUGCUGGAGGAACGGGACCUAUGGGAGGUCGUCAGCGGUGAGAUCAAGGCGGAACAGUGCGAGACUCAGUUGGACCAAGCGACGUACAAGAGGAAGUCAAGAAAGGCGAUGGCAGUGAUCUGUCUAGCCAUGGAAGAUUCCCAGCUACCGUUGGUCCGGUCGGCAAGUGGUGCAUGCGACGCAUGGUCAAGGUUGGAAGACCACUUCGAGAAGAAGAGUCUUGCCAACAAGCUGUUCUUGCGCCGUCGCUUCUUCACGACAAUGAUGGAAGAAGGCGACGAUGUGCUCGAACACAUCAACAAGCUCAAGACGCUGGCGGAACAGCUAGAAGAGGUGGGGGCUCCAGUCUGCGAGGACGAUCUGGUGAUCACACUCCUCGGCAGCCUGAGUGACUCGUAUCAAUUCUUGAUCACAGCUUUGGAGUCGCGCUCAGACACUCUUAGCUGGGAGCUCGUGACGUCUCGACUGCUUCAUGAAGAAAUGAAGCGGAAGGAGCAAGGAAGUAAAGGUGAUGAAGCUUCGCAAGGUCAAGCGUUCAUCACAAGGGACAAUCAGCGCAAAGGGCGACCAGUGAAGAAGUCCUGGCCGUGCCACAAUUGCGGAAAGAUUGGUCACUGGAUGGCGGAGUGCCCCUCGCGCAUCCAAGAAAACACGGAGAGACACCGGCCACAGCGUGCUCAAGACAGCGGCGACCGCUAUCGAUCACAACGUGCAAACGUCGCUCAAGAAGAAGACUCGGGCGACUACCUCUUUUCGAUCGGUGAAACGACAUCUGCGAAAUCGAGCGACAUCUGGCUGGUCGACUCCGGGGCGACGCAGCACAUGACGUGCUCCAAGAAGUUCAUGCGGAACUACAAGGGGUUUGACGCUGUGGAUGUCCAUCUCGCGGAUGAUGGAAUCGUCCAAGCAAUCGGCAGUGGGGACAUUGUCAUGUCGAUGAAGACACCCCAAGGGAUGAAGAAAGGUGUGCUCACAAACGUGUGGCACAUCCCAAAGUUAUCCAGAAACCUGUUCUCGGUCGGCCGCUUCACCAAGGAUGUCGGCCCAGUGACGUUCACGAAGGAUGGGUGCUAUGGAGAAGCGAAAGGGACCAAGUGGAAAAUUGGUGCCCGUGAAGGUAAAGGACUGUUCAAGCUGCAAAUGACUCCAGUGGCGCCGGAACAAGCAAAUGCAGCCAAGUCGUCGGGAUGUCAAGGGGGCACCAAGUCGUACCUCUGGCACCUUCGGCUUGGCCACAUAGGUCACGAUGGACUCAAUUGCAUCGUGACGAAGAACAUUGGAAUUGGCAUCGACAUAUCUUCGGUGAAGAAGUGGGACGUGUGUGAAGGUUGUGCUCUGGGAAAACAGACUCGAGUGCGCUUCCAAUCAAACACUACAGCUCGCACCUCCAAACUCCUCGAAGUGAUUCACAGCGACGUAUGCGGACCGAUGUCGAUGGCAACUUUCAGUGGAAAACGGUACUUCGUGACAUUCAUUGAUGACAAGUCAAGAUACUGUGUCGUCUAUCUGCUCAAGAGCAAAUCUGAAGUUGCGGCGAAGUUCAUGGAAUACGCUGCGAUGGCCGAAACGCAAACCGGAAAGCGCGUGAAGUACCUUCAAAGCGACAAUGGGGGUGAAUACAAGUCCGACAAGCUGGCACGAUUCUGCGCGGAACGGGGAAUACAACAAAGGUUCACACCCCCAUAUACUCCUCAGCUAAACGGAGUAGCUGAGAGAAUGAAUCGCACGCUGGUCGAGUGUGCGCGUUGCAUGAUGGAACACGCUGGACUGGGAAAGAGCUACUGGGGUGAAGCAGUGAUGACGGCGAUGUUUCUUCGAAACCGCUGUCCAACACGUGCCAUUCACCAAGACAAGUCUCCAUAUCAAGUGUGGACGAUGAAUAAACCGAUUCUGGCCAACCUUAAAGUGUUUGGAUGCCACGCGUAUGUUCAAGUGCCUCAAGACAAACGCGCGAAGUUCGACUCCAAGUCAUCACUCUGUCGUUUCCUGGGAUACGCCGAACACCAGAAGUCAUAUCGAUUUGAGGAAGUGUCAACAGGAGCGAUCAAGAUCAGUCGCGAUGCCACAUUCAUGGAAGACAAGUUUGAUGAAGGUCCGCGCAACUACAACGAUGAGUCAAGUGUCGUUGAGUUUGAUGAUCAUGAUGAGGACGAAGAAAAAGAAGAAGGUAAAACUGACGACGACAUGGACUCGAGCGACGAUGACAACGAAGACACCAGGUCUUCGAAGAGCAACAUCAAGAGACACACGCGCACUCAAUCACUUGAGAAAGCUACCGUCAUUCCAAGUCCCAAGCGAAGAACAUACAGAGGUCCGUCGCUUGAGCAUGUGUCAGCGGCUGCAAUGGAUUUUGAAGCAGCCUACAUCGUUGAUUCAGUGGGGGAAACGCCUGAUGAACUUUAG